AUGAAAAUAUCAGGUGUCUUUCUGCUCCUCUCUCUGGCUCUUUUCUGCUUUUUCUCAGGUGUCUUCACUCAGGGUGGACAGGAGAAAAGAGGCUGGCUCAUGAGAUCAAAGGGCCGAUGGCCAGGGAAAGGUGCCUUAAGAAGUCGUCUCUUUCAAGUUGACUGCGGUGAGUUCCCUGACCCCAAGGUCUUCUGCACUCGGGAAUCAGACCCCUACUGUGGCUCCGAUGGUCAGACAUACGGCAAUAAAUGUGCCUUCUGUAAGGCAGUGGCGCAAAGUGAUGGGAAAAUCAGACUAAAGCAUCACGGAAAAUGUUGAAUGAAGAAGCCCGC